UGCGGCUGCGCAGUGGGCACGGCCUUUUCCCCCAGUGCUACGGGCUGUGGACGUUGCGCUGAGCGGCCCCCGGCCUAAGCCGAGACGGGACAGAACCUGGCGCAAUGGGGUUUGUGAAAGUUGUCAAGAAUAAGGCCUACUUCAAGAGGUACCAAGUAAAAUUCAGGAGAAGGAGAGAGGGAAAGACUGAUUAUUAUGCCCGUAAGCGUUUGGUGAUUCAAGAUAAAAACAAGUAUAACACCCCUAAAUAUAGGAUGAUAGUACGCAUUACCAACAGAGAUAUUAUCUGCCAGAUUGCAUAUGCCAGGAUCGAAGGUGAUAUGAUAGUCUGUGCUGCGUACUCUCAUGAGCUGCCAAAGUAUGGUGUGAAAGUUGGUUUGACCAAUUAUGCUGCCGCCUAUUGUACGGGCCUGCUGCUGGCCCGCAGGCUUUUGAACAAAUUUGGCCUUGAUAAGAUUUAUGAAGGCCAAGUUGAAGUGACUGGUGAUGAAUAUAAUGUGGAAAGUGUGGAUGGACAGCCUGGUGCUUUUACAUGCUACCUGGAUGCAGGUCUUGCCAGAACUACCACUGGAAACAAAGUCUUCGGUGCGCUAAAGGGCGCAGUGGAUGGUGGCCUGUCCAUCCCUCAUAGCACCAAACGUUUCCCUGGUUAUGACUCGGAAAGCAAAGAGUUUAAUGCAGAGGUUCAUCGCACACACAUCAUGGGUCAGAAUGUUGCAGGUUACAUGCGUUACCUGAUGGAGGAGGAUGAAGAUGCCUACAAAAAACAGUUCUCCCAGUAUAUAAAGAACAAUGUAACACCUGACAUGAUGGAGGAAAUGUAUAAAAAAGCCCAUGCUGGUAUACGGGAGAAUCCAGUCCAUGAAAAGAAACUCAAGAGAGAAGUCAAAAAGAAGAGAUGGAACCGUCCCAAGUUAUCCCUUGCCCAGAAGAAAGAUCGUGUUGCUCAGAAGAAGGCUAGCUUCCUCAGGGCCCAGGAGCGUACAGCUGAUAGCUAAGAUAUCUUCUACAAUUUUCUAUGAAGACUUUGAAAAGUACAAUAAAUUUAUUGAACCAGCAACUGUGUAGCAUUGGCUUAUUGACAUUUGAUCUAAAGAUGCUUUAUCUAAAUGAAAGUCCCAACAAUCUAUCUGAAAAAGAGGCUUACAAAAUAUUCUACAGCGUUAGAAUCAUGAUGAUGGUCUUCAAGGUAACUUAGUAUGUUUAAGGAUCCAACUUACUGUAUUUCACAGACCACUGGAUAAUGUUAUAAACUUUCAUUUUGUCACCUAU